UGUUCGUCUAUAAAUUCCCCGUCAAUAAAACUGUGCAAAUACAUAGUAAACAUAUUAAAUAAUUUGACGACAAAAUCAGUUUACAACGUAAGGGAUUCUGUGCAAUUUAGGGAUAAGAUAAAGAACCUGACAGUUAAUAAUAAUGAAAAAAUGGUUUCAUUCGACGUGGUAUCACUGUUCCCAAGUAUUCCAGUAGAAUUAGGACUAAAUAUAAUUGAAGAAAGAUGGGAAGAAAUAGAACAAUAUACAAACAUAACCAAAGACAUGUUUCUGAAUAUUGUAAAAUUUUGCAUAAAGGACAACAGAUACUUCAAGUUUGAUGACAAAAUAUACAAACAAAAAGCAGGGCUACCGAUGGGAUCUCCAGCAUCACCCAUAAUUGCAGAUUUGGUUAUGGAAUCACUGCUCAACGAAAGCUUGCAAAGAUUACAAUCAAAACCAAAGAUACUGACGAAAUACGUGGAUGAUUUGUUUUUAAUUAUAAGGGAAGAUGCAAUACAAGAAACGCUGACAGUACUAAAUAGUUUCAACAAAAACAUUAAAUUUACUUUGGAAGAAGAAUGCGACGGAAAAAUCCCAUAUUUGGACACAUUAGUAAUAAGAAAUGCAGAUAAUACGAUAAAUAUAAAUUGGUAUCAAAAACCUACAGCGUCAGGUAGAAUAAUAAAUUACUACUCUAAACACACAAAACGAACAAUUAUCAAUACAGCGAAAAACUUAAUAAAUAGAGUACUAACAAUAAGCGACGAACAAUUUCAUUUCCAAAACAAAUUAAAAAUAAAAGACAUUCUAAUUAAUAAUAACUUCCCAUUACAUAUAACCAAAUCCCUAAUUGAAAAUUAUUAUAAGAAUAAACAUUCAAGUCGAGAUUCGCAGAAAACAGACCCGCCGAAGAUAUACAAAUCCCUGAUAUAUUUACCGAAUAUAUCAGAAAGAUUGGAAAAGUCAGAAAUAUAUGACAAAAAUAAAUACACAAUAGCACAUAGCUCACAUAACACAACAAAAUCUUUAUUCACAAACAUGAAAAGUAAAAUACCAAAAAUGGACAAACAUAAUGUAGUUUACAAAAUUGAAUGUGGUGGUAACAAGGAAGAAAGUUGCGGAAAACAUUACGUUGGCACAACAAAAAACAAACUAAAAACUAGGAUGUCAGCACACAAAUCAGACAUCAAAUUAAGAAACAAUAAUUCGAUACAAAAAACAGCGUUAGCCGAACACUGUAAACAGUACAACCAUACACCCAAGAUCGAUGACGUGAGAGUGUUACAAACGGAACAUCACUACAACAAGAGACUAACGAUAGAGAUGCUUCACAUCAAUAGUUUAUCAACAACAAAGAGAAUAAACAGCAAAGCAGACACGGACAACACAGCUUACUGCUACAGGCAUUUAACAAAAAGAGAUCGUGCAAUAUGCAAAUAAUUAUCAGUGCAAUAGUAACACUUGACGGUAGUAGUCACACUACGCUAGUUUUAAGUUUAUUAUUUUAAUUAUUUGCAAAUCACCCUGAAGAUGAAACUCAAAGAGCUUCGAAAUAUUGGAAAAAGAAAAAUAAAUAAUUAAAAAACCAAAAAGUUUGACCUCAAGCUCAAAUAAUUGUUUUUAUUAACUAUCGAAAAAGGUCGAAAAACCAGAGAAAAUGUUUAUAACAAACGGAGAGCCCGCCGAAAUCAAAAACAAAAUGAUCUACAAACAACUAAAAACUGACAACAAAGUACGAUACAACAUAAACAAACACAAGAAUGUAAAAGUUAGGGUAACAAAAAUUAAAUCGUCCAUAACCUUUCUCAUUCGUUGCCGCAAUAUGGGAAUUAUCCCCAAGUUCAUCAAAAACUCCAUCAAAAAUGUACAUAGAAUUUUUAUCGCAAGUUACCACAAUCACCACAUUCAAUCUACAUUAAAAUCAUACAUAGAAAAUUUUGAAGGUAAAAUAUUAAACUUAGUUAUAAAACAAAAACACGAAGAAUUGAAAUACAAUAACAAAAUUUUAAGUGACAUAGAAAACAAGUUAAACGAUAAUCUUUCACACGAAGAAAGACAACAAUUUCAGUUUAACGAAAAUAUCAUAAUAACAGGAACGCAGAAAAAACAUGACGAAAUACACAAAAAUAAAUUCAACAAACUACAAGAAGAACUGACUAAGGAACUCAACAUAAAGCACAACGAUAAUUGGUUUGUCAACAAAACGAACAAAACUUUCCCAGAUGACAUAAAAUGGUUACUCUCCUUAGGAGACAAACACUGCUUACCAACAAGAAGAACACAUUUCCCUUUAUUCAAAUAUAUUGCGGACGCGGAAGAUCUCAUACAAACAAACAAUGACAAAGAACAACAAGAAAUGGGAAGAACAAAAUUAACAAAUAUGCUGGAAACACAUAUGAAUAGAAGCAGAGAGAGCAAUAGAGACAAAUACAUGAUAGGCACAGUGGAACGAACCCGAAAAUUUCUUAACCAAAAUAAAGACAUAAUAAUACUAAAUGCAGACAAAGGCAACGUGACUGUAGCCAUGAACAAAAAUGAUUACAAAGAAAGAAUGUCCAAUCUGCUCUCAGACAUGAUGACGUAUCAACGUAUCAAUAAGGACCCUACGUCAAACCUUCAAAAGAAAAAUAAUGAUAUCGUUGAAGAACUUUUCAAAAAUAAUAUAAUUUCGACAAUAGAGAAGAAAAGACUCAAAACAGAAAUUGCGAUUGCCCCAAGAAUAUAUGGCUUGCCAAAGAUCCACAAAGACGGCUAUCCAUUAAGACCCAUAUGUUCGUCUAUAAAUUCCCCGUCAAUAAAACUGUGCAAAUACAUAGUAAACAUAUUAAAUAAUUUGACGACAAAAUCAGUUUACAACGUAAGGGAUUCUGUGCAAUUUAGGGAUAAGAUAAAGAACCUGACAGUUAAUAAUAAUGAAAAAAUGGUUUCAUUCGACGUGGUAUCACUGUUCCCAAGUAUUCCAGUAGAAUUAGGACUAAAUAUAAUUGAAGAAAGAUGGGAAGAAAUAGAACAAUAUACAAACAUAACCAAAGACAUGUUUCUGAAUAUUGUAAAAUUUUGCAUAAAGGACAACAGAUACUUCAAGUUUGAUGACAAAAUAUACAAACAAAAAGCAGGGCUACCGAUGGGAUCUCCAGCAUCACCCAUAAUUGCAGAUUUGGUUAUGGAAUCACUGCUCAACGAAAGCUUGCAAAGAUUACAAUCAAAACCAAAGAUACUGACGAAAUACGUGGAUGAUUUGUUUUUAAUUAUAAGGGAAGAUGCAAUACAAGAAACGCUGACAGUACUAAAUAGUUUCAACAAAAACAUUAAAUUUACUUUGGAAGAAGAAUGCGACGGAAAAAUCCCAUAUUUGGACACAUUAGUAAUAAGAAAUGCAGAUAAUACGAUAAAUAUAAAUUGGUAUCAAAAACCUACAGCGUCAGGUAGAAUAAUAAAUUACUACUCUAAACACACAAAACGAACAAUUAUCAAUACAGCGAAAAACUUAAUAAAUAGAGUACUAACAAUAAGCGACGAACAAUUUCAUUUCCAAAACAAAUUAAAAAUAAAAGACAUUCUAAUUAAUAAUAACUUCCCAUUACAUAUAACCAAAUCCCUAAUUGAAAAUUAUUAUAAGAAUAAACAUUCAAGUCGAGAUUCGCAGAAAACAGACCCGCCGAAGAUAUACAAAUCCCUGAUAUAUUUACCGAAUAUAUCAGAAAGAUUGGAAAAGUCAGAAAUAUAUGACAAAAAUAAAUACACAAUAGCACAUAGCUCACAUAACACAACAAAAUCUUUAUUCACAAACAUGAAAAGUAAAAUACCAAAAAUGGACAAACAUAAUGUAGUUUACAAAAUUGAAUGUGGUGGUAACAAGGAAGAAAGUUGCGGAAAACAUUACGUUGGCACAACAAAAAACAAACUAAAAACUAGGAUGUCAGCACACAAAUCAGACAUCAAAUUAAGAAACAAUAAUUCGAUACAAAAAACAGCGUUAGCCGAACACUGUAAACAGUACAACCAUACACCCAAGAUCGAUGACGUGAGAGUGUUACAAACGGAACAUCACUACAACAAGAGACUAACGAUAGAGAUGCUUCACAUCAAUAGUUUAUCAACAACAAAGAGAAUAAACAGCAAAGCAGACACGGACAACACAGCUUACUGCUACAGGCAUUUAACAAAAAGAGAUCGUGCAAUAUGCAAAUAAUUAUCAGUGCAAUAGUAACACUUGACGGUAGUAGUCACACUACGCUAGUUUUAAGUUUAUUAUUUUAAUUAUUUGCAAAUCACCCUGAAGAUGAAACUCAAAGAGCUUCGAAAUAUUGGAAAAAGAAAAAUAAAUAAUUAAAAAACCAAAAAGUUUGACCUCAAGCUCAAAUAAUUGUUUUUAUUAACUAUCGAAAAAGGUCGAAAAACCAGAGAAAAUGUUUAUAUAUAUAUAUAUAUAUA